UGCAGCAGGAGAGGCGCGUCUGGGCGCACAGCUGAGGUGAUAAGAAAACAGCAAGAACUGAUGAAGUCUCAGCCUCAGAAAUGUGGACAGAGGUGAAGAACAAGAGCAGGGCUGUCAUCAGUGACGGAAACAGCUCGAAGAUGGUCGACCCAGAUCUCAGAGAGCAGCUUCUGCACACUGUUCAACAAAGAAAUGUUUCAGCUGUAGCUGCCACUCUUCCUUCUCACGCUGAGGACUCGUUAACCAAGAGCAGCGGAAUCAUCCCCGGUGCAAUAGCAGCCACAGUGUUCAUUGCCUUUAUACUCGCUCUCUAUGCGGUCCUCUGGAAGUGCAUGGUGUCGCCACCGCAACGAAAGCCCAGCAAGGUGAGAGUACGAGGACAACAGAGGACUUCUGUGUAGGGAGGAUUAAAGUGCCUUGCAUCUGCUCAGCUGGUCAAUUUAGGUCACAGCAGCGUAGACUGCAAUCUAAAAUCAGACUUUGCUCUCUGGUGAUGAUGCUUCUAAUAGAACUAAAGAUCAAACCACAAAAAAAACCCUCCCUCAACUAAGUGGGUUUUUCCAUUAGCUUUACUGUCUGCUGGAGGCUCCUGUUGACUAAAAGCUCCAUGAUGAUGUGAAACACUGUUCUGGCAGGUCCGACUGCGCUACUUGUUUUCGGUCAUAUUCUGUGAAUACUGCACUACUGAGGGGCGGCUCAGGCCACAGCUUGCUCCACUGACCAAUAAGCUGUGUGUAUUUGUGUCUCAGACACAGGGAUUAUAGUAUUUUUAGUUUGUGUAGAUAUUUUUGUAGCAGCAACAAAUGGGCAGUUACAUUUUAAGCAUGCUUUCUUUGCCUGGAAUAGUACCUCUUUAUAUUUUUGUAAACUCUAUCUAUAUUCUCUUUAUUUAGUAGCAUUUACAUCUUCCCUUGAUUCUUACAGAUGUUUUGGGAAAAGUCUCAAAGCUGCCAGGAACAAUCAAUCGCCUCUACUUGAGUCAGCAUUUACUGUUAAAACCUAGAAAUGUAUAGUGAUUAUUUUGUAGCUAUUGGAAAUUGACAGUUUAAUAAUUCUACUCAGGAUGCUGUAACUACUGUAUGAUUUUUGACUAUAAUAAACUGUGGCUUGUGGGUUUUUUACAUUUA